GAAAAAUUUGCAGCAAUUUUUGACAGAUUGUCGUAAAGGAAAUAGAAAUAUCCAUCUACCAGCAAUUGACGUUAUACCAGAAGAAACUUCUGGAAAUCUGUCUGCGAUGGAAGUAGAAACUCCCAAUAAUGAGGAAAUUGGUUAGUUCUAAUAUUAUAAUAGUUUUGUUUAAUUAUAUUUGAUUUGUUUAACAUUCAGCUAAUAUGUUUACUAAUUCACUGUUAACAUUUUUCAUUUCAGGAAUGAAAUUAUCCCAACAGUCGUGCUUAAAUAGUUUCUGUAGUUCCAUAUCAAAUUCCAGUGAAUUGAAGCGAACUUGUUCAGACUUUGAAGAUACAAUGCCAGCGCCUAAGAAAAAUAAAAUUGAUAUUCUGACUUCGGAAUUAGUAUUAGCACUAGAUAGAACUAAAACUAGUAACAGAAAUGCGAUGUACAUCAUUUCUGCUGUUAUUCAAAGUUUAGGACUUGAGAUUGAUAAAUAUAAUUUAAGUUACUCCACUAUUCGCAAUGCGCGUAUUUCAAAAGGAGAAGAAAUUGUCGAUACGAUCAAAGAAGAAGAAAUUUUUGAUGACUCUCUCGUAGUGCACUGGGAUGGAAAGAUGCUUCCUGCGGGAAAUGGUCAACCAAAAGCAGAACGAUUAUCAAUACACGUCACCGGAAUAAAUACUGAUAAAAAUUUAAAAACUCCGAUUCUCUCUGAUGGCACAGGUGAAAGCCAAGCUUCAGCCAUUUUUGAAACGCUGAUAGAGUGGGAUCUUUGCGAUAAUGUUAAAGCAAUGUGCUUUGAUACAACUAGUUCAAAUACCGGUUGUUUUAAUGGCGCAUGUGCAUUAUUAGAAGAUAAAAUUGGCCGUGACUUAUUAUAUCUUGCUUGUCGCUAUCAUACUUCUGAAUUGAUGUUACGAAAUGUUGCAGAAGUUGCUUGGCCAGUGACGAAUAGUCCAAAUGUACCAAUUUUCAAAAGACUCAGAGAUAAUUGGGAAAAAAUUGAUAAAUCUGCGUAUGAAAUCGGCACAGAGGAUAAAGAUAUUGCACUUAUUUUAAAUCAAAGAAAAGACGAUAUUCUUGACUUCAUAGAAAAUCAACUGAAGUCAUUAGAUCUUUCUGAUACACUGACAGAAGGACUUGUUAAUAUUUAAUAAGCUUUAUUAACUGUUAAUAAAUGAUUUUUUAACAUCAUGGG